AUGACCCAAGAUGAUAGGGGCAGUGACAACUGGCGAACCGACCGCCUUCAUCACAAAGUGCUCAAGUACAAUUGGGCAGCGCAUUUGGGUUUCCUGAAGGGUCCAAUCCGGUUUUCAAACUGUCGCAUUAUUCCACACCCGGUUACUCCGAAAGUUGCAGGCGCCUGGACCUCUAACAGAGAAUGGGCCGUGGUAGUUGCAGAUCUACAGUCAGGAAGUCGCAUCCUAACUGGCUUGAAGGGCGCAGACCAACCUGCGCAUGCCAAUCACCCUCUGCCUCUUCUUCUAACUUACGCUCGUUCCGUAGAGUCUGUGUCAGCCCCUCUCUCCCCACUUGGCAACACCAAUGUUCGAUUCCAACUCAUCAGUACACGCUGGUGCAUGCUUGCAAGCAGGGGACUCCAAACACAGAGCAAAACUCCGGUUUUCCGAGCUCUCAACUUCGGAUUUGGGGUGUCAACUACUUGCAGAUGCACCUUUAAUGCUUGCGCUCCAGUCAAGUGCCAGAGGGCCUUGUGGUCUUCAGGGCCAGGCCUCAUCGAACUCGGACCGACCGCGUGGUCAGCGGGUCUGCUCGUGGUGGUAGUGGGCGUGUGCGUCCAUGGAGGCGUACGCAAGUAG